UAUUUCAUCGUUCUUGUAAAAGUUUUUCCACAACCGGAAAAAACAUUGGUGUGUGACGUCACUUCCUCUUACCCACUCCCGCCAACAGGUUGAAUCGCCGCCAUAAAACAUGUCGCCUGUGAGUGAAAUGAAAACUAUCCGCAGGUUUGUCUGCGGACAACUCCGUGAUGAGCAGGAUUUAAGCUUGCUUACUUUGGGAACGUUAAAACGGCGAUAUUUGGCCCACAUCGGAGGUGAAUCCCUAAGUCCAUCUUCCAAAGGUUUACUGAAACAAGUGGUUGAGGAGGAACUGAUGAAAAUGCAGGACACACCCGAAAGUGGAAGUGAGUCAGUGACGGAGGACACCCACAACAAAAGAAAAAGAGAGAGGGAAAAUUCUGCAAGUGAGAGUGAAUGUGAGGUUGCGUCCAAGCAAAAGAAAUCCCGUUGUCAUGUCAGCUCCGCGUCUGAAUCAGAGGACGGCAGCGAAGAAAGUGUGGCGAGUGAGGCGGGACAAGAAAUGAAAACUAAAUCGGGGAAUGCAGUGGAGGAAUUGGCAAAUGGACAGCGUGAAGAAGACUCUAAAGAUAAGGACGUGGCUGCAGAGUUAAAAAGCAACACGCCAAAGAAGAAAACAGACCAGAGCGCAGAAGAUGAAAGUGACUCAGACAAGAGUGACAAGCAGAACCGCCAUGUGUCUUCUGAUGAAAGUGAAAAAGAGGAAAAAGUCGUGGCGGAAAAGGACACAAACCAGGUCGAUUCUGAUUCGUCUUCCCUGCCCUCUUUGGAUGAUGAUCGGGAAAUGGAGACCCAAACUAAGCGAGUCAAUAAAAAGAAAGAAAAAGAUCAAGAUGGUGGCAAAAAGAAAUCGAGGAAAAAAGAGGAAGAUGGUGGUGCGAAAAGCCAGAAGGAUGACCACAAAGCAGUGGUGAGGCUCAAGCGUUACAUUUCUCUCUGUGGCGAGAGGCGCAAUUACAAGAAGCUGCUCGAUGGUUGUCGCAGCGUUCGUGCCACGGUGGCUGUUCUAAAGAAGGAGCUGGAGGAGCUUGGUGUUCACGGUCAGCCAUCCAUUGAGAAAUGUAAAAAGGUACGUCUGAAGAAAGAAGAAGCUAAAGAACUGGCUGAACUGGAUGUCAACAACAUCAUACAAACACAAGGUCGGCCUAAACGAAGAGGAGCCCUAGCGCAACACGAGCGCCCCCCGCCUGCUACAUACCAGCGGUCAUUCAACUCGGACUCCGGUAGCGAUCAGGAAAACACACAGCGAGGGCGCAGAAGAGCAACAGACUGGGCCAACCUGCAAGGAAUCAUCAGUGAUGAUGCAGACAGUGACUAAGGCAUUAGUUCUUCAUGCAAGCAUGCUGAAGGAGGCGAUUCCUUUUUUCAUUAUUACCCAUAUUUUCGAUACAGUGUAUUAUGUUAUGUAUAUUAUAUAAAUGCUCAAAAAGCCUUGUUAACUAAAAUCAAUACAAAGAUUGGCACAUCAAAAAUUGUUGUAUAAUGUAGAAUUUCAGUGCAUUUUAUUAUGUAUAUAUUUAGUG